AUGGGACCCGAUCCCCAGCCCACCCCGGAGUCUCCGGCGUCCGCCGCGCGCUGGUGCCGCCUGCCCCGCGACAUCAUCGAGGCCCUGCUCCCGCGCCUGAGGAACCCGGAGCUACGGGCGCUGUGCGGCGCCAACCAGCACUGGAACGCGUGCCUCAAGGGCGCGGUCACAUGCCUGCGGCCGUCCCACUUCAAGAUCUCCGGCAUCCCGCCGUCCUUCACCAGCCUGAUGUCGAUCGACCUGGGGGCAUGCUGGGCCGACGUGGACGACGCCCUGCUGACAUCGAUCUCCGGCACUCUCCCUGCCCGCGCUGGAGUCCCUCAACCUCAGCGGCUGCCGUCGCCCUACCCGGUGCCCGUGCGCACGCGGGUGGGCUACUCCGGCGUGGACGGUGACACGGUGGGCAACCUUACGUUGCUGCGCGAUCUGGACCUGAGCUGGAACCCCGUCAGCGACCAGUCGCUGCGCAGGGUGGUCGCCCUGACCGGUCUGACCCGCCUAGUGCUGGCGGAGUGCCCGGCGAUCUCUGAUCAAGGCGUGGAGUGCCUCCGGUGCCUUUCCAAGCUGCGGUCGCUGAGCCUAUCGGGGACGAUGGUCUCGGACGAGGGCCUAGCGGCAAUCGCGGAGAGCCUGGGGAACUUGAGGUCGCUCAGCUUGAGGAGCUGCAGGCUGGUGUGGGACAAUGGGCUGAGGGCGCUGACGGCGAUCGGGGGCCUGCAGGAGGUGGAUUUGAGCCAUUGUAACGGCGUGACGGAUGCAGGGGUGGCCGCGCUCGGGGAGGGGUUGCCGCGGUUGACGUCCCUGGACCUGUCGUGCACGUACAUUCAUGGCGGGAGCCUUGGGUCGUUCCGGCGGCGGCCCAGCGCGCUCAGGGCGCUGAGGCUGCGCGAGUGCUGCUGGGUGAAGGAGUGGGUGCUGCGCCUGGUGGCGACGAUCGAGUCGCUGGAGAGCCUGGACGUGAUGAACUGCGAUGGGGUGACGGACAGGGGCCUGGGGCACGUCGCGAGGCUGCCCCUGACGUCCCUCAACUUGUCGUACUGCUCCAAUAUUUUCGACAGCGGGGUGGCGCGCCUGGCGGCCGCGCCUUCCCUGUCCUCCCUGGACCUCAGUUUCUGCGCGAACAUCACGGACGAGGGCGUUGGCAGGCUUGUGGCCAACACCAGGCUGGAGCGCCUGGUCCUGAACUGCUGUGGGAGAGUGUCUGACGACGGCAUCCACGCACUGUCGCCCAUCGCCCACAGCUUGAGGCAGUUGGAGAUCUCAAGCUGCCACGGGCUCACGUCCCAGUGCAUCAGCUUCAUAGCGCAGACCUUCACAAACCUGAGGGGGCUCAAGCUCGACUGGCUGGGUGUCACGGACACGCACCUGCUGGCCUUGGAGGGUAUAUCAUCCAGCCUUUGCCACCUGAGCAUCAAGGGGUGCAACAACUUGACCAGUGCUGCAUGCGACAAGCUGUGGUACUUGGAAGGUAUAAAUGACGAUCGACAGACUCCCCAGAGACGAAUGAAGUGA